GCGCGCAUUACUUCAUCUCUUUCCCAGCACAGCACAACACACCCUUUUAAAAACUAUGGAAGAAAGCCAAUAUCCAAAACUUGAAGAAGCGUGUCGUUACUUCAAUAAACACCGUAUUCCCGGCGUCCAAGUACUCUCUUUCAGCACGUCCGACCCAUAUUACGGAUUAGGACGGGCACGACAAUGCGAUCGUCUCGACGUUAGCUUGAGCUUCCAAGCUGAUCAAACAGAAAUUCCAUGUACAUUACCAAUUUUCAUGCUACUUACGAUCGACGUGUUCUCUUUGAUUCAAGCGACUAUAGCUUCCCACCAGACUUGAUCAUGGACCCGGUGUGGCAUCAGUUUAGUACACCAGACGUGUUUCCGUUGGAAUGGUGUCUUGACGAUCCGCGUUGUGUGCAUCACUGGCUUUCUACUUUAUGGGGUAACCUUAAUCAAAAGUUAUUUGGCGUAAAGGACAAUGAAGAACGCGACGAGUUGUGCAGUUAUCAAUCCGCUUCUGCGCCGCCAGUAAGAACACCCACCUCAGUACAUCAGUCAGCACCAUCACCAGCACCACGACGUGAGCGAGAACAGCAGGAACACGAGCAACCACGCAGCUAUGAACCAUCCAUUUCUUCUUCACAGAAUCUGAGUGAAAGUGCAAUUAAUACCUUCAGCGAUGGCAUAUAUAGCUCCCACGAGCUCCGACAAGAGCUAACGCUUGUAGAAACCGACAGUGCAAUGGAAGUUGAGUAUCAAUCACCUUUCGAACGACGCGCAUUUAUCGAACAAUGGAUCUCGGAUAUGCCAGACCAAGUGAUCCGAUUCGACGCAGAAGACUUUGCAUCCAUCGUGUUGUAUAUGACGGUCAGGAUACCGGAUGUGAUAUGGAACGAAUUAGCAGUCCAUCAUCAAAGGGCGCUCAUGGAACUACAAGGAAAGAAAGUCAGUAAGGCAAAGGACACUGCCCCGGCGAUUGUUCAAUUGAGUAUGAGCGAAAACUUUCCCAACUCUCCAUUAACGGUACUGCUAAUAUCAGCUAUCAACUCGGAUCCGGUAUCGAAGGAUGAACCUGAGAGACAGGAAUUUGAAAUGGCCAUGAAUACGAAUUGGAGCCUGGAGGAAAUGUGCGAGAAAAUCAGAGGGAUGCUGAUGGAAGAAAUUCCAAAGUUCCACUCUGGUCUAUUCGACCAAACUUGAUAAAGAAAAUUCUCUUGUCGCAUGUCAAUUGACAAGGCAUAUCAACCAAUAGCACAUUACACACCCUUUCCCCCAGCUAUAUACACUUGCACACUCAGAGUUUCUGCAUAUUAAUCAUUUCCGCUCCCUUGCUUAUUGGAAA